CCGUGUCAUGCCGUCAGAUGCUUCUGCUGGAGACUCUAGGACUGAAAAUGAGUUUGCUAGAAUCUAUCCCAAGUCACUUACAACUCCCUGUUGCUGUAACAUGUUACUGGAUACAUUGUGCAGAACCCAAAGUUAAGUUGCAUCAAUUAAAGGCGCUACUUCUAAUGAUAGUAUCUGGAGAACUGCACAGGAUAACAGAAGAUCCAGAUUCCACAGUUCUAUGUGCUGAAGAUGACAGUAUUGCAUAUAACGAGUUUCUAAAAUGGAAGGAAAAGAAAUUGCAAAGUAACAACUUUGAUUUAGAAGCUGCACACAGUUUUUGCCAGUGGCAGUGCUGCCUCCAGAUGGGAUUGUAUCUCAACCAGCUACUUUGCACUCCUCUCUCUGAGCCAGACUUAAGCAGGCUCUACACUGGGACCCUUGUGCACAGACUGUAUCAAGAGCUUAAAUCAACACCUUCGGUGGAAAAUCUGUUUAGUUUAUCUCCAAGAAUGACUCAGCUUUAUCAGGUUUUGUUAAAUACAGUGGAGUCAACUCUAUCUCCAGACUUCUUUCAGAAGACAAGCAAGACCAGAUCACGGUCCUGCAAAAAGAAAACAUCUAAUAAGAAAAACACAGCCAUCAGGUGUGCUGUGCCAGAAACUCAGCAUUUAUGCACUGUUAAUAGGUUUGCAUCCCUGGGAGUGGAUGACUAAAAGCAGUAUUUCUGGAAUAACUGCCAUGCUGAGGAAAUAAAUUACAUUAAAAUCAUGUGACUGUACUGGAAUUUGCUCAGCUGCUUUCAGCAAGUUCCUGAUUAAAUCUUACCAAAAAUCUUGCUUCAGGAGAUUUUUUUAUUUACAUUUUUGUAACUUACAUUCAUAUAAAAGAGAUGCUGUAUAAAAA